AUGGAGUUUAUUCAAAGCUUAUUAUCAUUAUUUGGAAAUAUUGCUAUUGUUGCAUUGAUGUUGACAAUUGGAAUCUUAGGAUUGUUGUACUUUCAACAAAACUCUUUAAUCUAUUUACCAGGUUUGUAUAUUUUACUAAUUUUUCUAGCAUUUUAAGGAUUACCUCAAAGUCCUAGUUAAAAUAUGAAUGGACUAAGGAAUCCUUCAGAGAGAAAUUUAUAAUAUGAGGAUGUAGAAAUAGGAACACUUGAUAGAUAAAAAUUAAAAGGAUGGCUAAUAAAAUAGAAUGACAGUCUUAAUGUACCUACUGUUAUUUUUUUUCAUGAGAAUGCUGGAAGUAUUUUCAAAUUUAGUAUUCUUUUGAGAUAUUGGAACUAGAUUGCAAUUUUUAGAACUAUAUUUUGCUAAUGUCAAAUGCAACAUAUUGAUAAUCGCAUAUAGAGGAUAUUCAGAUAGUACAGGUAAGCCAUCAGAAUAAGGUCUUUAACUGGAUGGAGAAUCUAUAGUUAAUUAUUUAUUUCAUAGAAAUGAUAUUGAUCCUUCAACAAUAUUUGUACAUGGCAAAUCUUUAGGUGGAGCAGUGGCAAUUCAUGCAAUGACUUAAAAUAUUGCAAAAGGAAUUCGAGGUGUUAUAUUAGAAAAUACUUUUACAUCUAUUGAUGAUAUGGUUGAUGUCAUAUUUCCUAAAUUGAAAUUUUUUAAGACUUUUCUUCUUAAAAAUCGUUGGUUGUCAAUUUAAAAAAUUGGUUAGAUAACAUAACCAAUACUAUUCAUUUAUUGUAAGUUAUAAUGAUUAUUUGAUUUUAGCCAUGAGAGAUGAAAUUGUACCAGUCUAACAUAUGGCUUAAUUGCAAAGUGCAGCCUAAAGAGCUAAAUUUAUUGAAAAGGUAUUUCAUUUUAAAAUAUAACAGUAUGUCAUUGAGGAUGGUGAUCAUAAUACUAAUUGGUCUAGAGAGCCAGAAAAGUACUUUAAUUCAAUUUCAAGUUUCAUCAAUAAAGCAAUUACAUCAUGA